UUGAUUCCCACAUUUCCUCAAAGCCAACGUUGUCAUCAUCCCCCACCAUUUACAAAAGUUCCUCUCCAUUUUUCAUUGGUUUAUAUAGGGUUCGGGAAUCACCUCUGUUAUAUAAUCCAUGUGCAAUUUAUAAAGUGGUUGAAUGCAUGUGCGGUUUCAUGUUUCUUGAUUGGCCUCUCGACUGAGAAAAUGCUACCGGAUUUGUUAUUUGGGUUAUCUUUUUUGUUGGAUGGAGGAGAACAGAGAGAGCUCCAUUUCUCUAACCCAGGAUACUGAUUGGGAUGCAGGGAGUGUCGGAAUCCGACAUGGGAGAUAGGAAUCAAGUUUCAAGGCGUUUCCUUUUUGCUGAAAUACCAUAUUGACACGAAGAUAUAAAAAUUGUUGCGGUGGAUCGAAAGUGUGGAUUUUGAUCUGAGUUUCUCCUGGGAAGAAGAAUAUGCUGUGAAAUAAAAAUUGAUUAGAAGUAGCUGAGGAGAGGAAAUUUUAUCAAUGAAUCCGAUGGAGGCAGUGCCGGAGCAGCCAGAAACAGGGCAGCCCAGCGUGCCUCGGAAAAAGAUGAAGAAACAGUUAACUGGAAAACGCGAGGACACGCUCUUGCAUUCUGCAGCAAGGGAAGGAAAUCUUGCUGUUGUGGUAGAAAUCCUUGGCGGCACCGGAGAGGCCGAGCUGAAGGAAUUGUUGGCUAAGCAAAAUCAUGCUGGCGAGACAGCUCUUUAUGUUGCCGCAGAAUACGGUUCUGGUGAUUUAGUUAGGGAGAUGAUCAAGUACUAUGAUCUUGCUGAUGCAGGCAUCAAAGCAAGAAAUGGCUUCGAUGCAUUACACAUUGCUGCAAAACAAGGAGACUUGGAGGUAUUGAAGGUUCUAAUGGAGGCCCAUCCAGAAUUGACUAUGACAGUGGAUGUGACAAACGCGACGGCUUUGCACACAGCUGCAACACAAGGGCACACAGAGGUUGUGAAGCUUUUGUUGGAGGCAGGAAGCAGUCUGGCAACCAUUGCAAAAAGUAAUGGGAAAACAGCUUUGCAUUCUGCAGCAAGAAAUGGUCAUUUGGAGGUUGUGAAAGCGCUGCUGGGAAAGGAGCCUGGGAUUACAAGAAGAACAGAUAAGAAGGGGCAGACAGCAGUGCACAUGGCAGUGAAAGGACAGAGGAAUGAGGUGGUGGUAGAGGAGUUGAUUAGGGCUGAUCCUUCUUCGGUUAACAUGGUUGACAAUAAGGGCAACACCGCGUUGCAUAUAGCAACCAGGAAGGGCAGAGCUCAGAUUGUAAAGAUGAUUCUCAGACACAAAGAGAUAGACACAGAAGCUGUCAACAAGGCUGGUGAAACUGCCCUUGACACGGCCCAGAAAACUGGCCACUCUGAAAUCGUAGCCAUUCUUCAGGAGUUUGGGGUUCAGAGCGCCAAAAAUAUCAAGCCUCAAGCACCAACAGGCACUGCCCGGGAGUUGAAACAAACUGUCAGUGACAUUAAGCACGAAGUUCACCAUCAGCUAGAGCAUACUCGACAAACCAGAAGACGUGUUCAAGGCAUUGCCAAACGUCUCAAUAAAAUGCAUGCAGAAGGUCUUAACAAUGCAAUCAACUCCACAACCGUUGUGGCUGUCCUCAUUGCCACAGUUGCAUUUGCAGCCAUAUUCACAGUCCCUGGCCAAUAUGUUGAUGACCCAGAAAACAUUCCUCCUGGACUCUCCCUAGGGGAAGCCAAUAUUGCUCCAAAAGCUCCCUUCAUCAUCUUCUUCAUCUUUGAUUCCAUCGCCCUCUUCAUUUCCCUAGCCGUUGUGGUGGUGCAGACCUCAGUUGUAGUUAUAGAAAGCACGGCAAAGAAGCAGAUGAUGGCAAUCAUCAACAAACUAAUGUGGUUAGCCUGUGUGCUUGUUUCAGUGGCAUUCUUGGCUCUUUCAUUUGUUGUGGUAGGUGAGAGUGAAAAGUGGCUGGCAGUUGGAGUUACAAUUAUAGGAACAACCAUAAUGGCUACUACUUUAGGUACCAUGUGUUUUUGGGUAAUCAGGCACCGAAUCGAGUCCUCAAAUCUGAGGAGCAUUCGGAAGUCAUCGUUGGGAAGCAGAUCAAGAUCUUGGUCACUAUCAGUGAUGUCAGACUCUGAGAUCCUGAACAAUGAAUACAAGAAAAUGUAUGCAAUUUGAAAUUCUGCAUAUGCGUGUAUAGUAGUCGGCAUAAGUGACCUUAUGGUUCUUUAUAUUAACAUCCAAAAUGUACAUCCCCUGAGGAAUUGAU